AUGAAGGAACUAUGCGGAGAACUGAAAACUACCAAUGAAGAGGUUGUGAGCCUGCGUCAGCGUAACUACGAGCUAGUAGCUGAGAAUGGAAAUCUUAAAGCUUUUAGCAUGGAGCAUGACAGGGCCGUGGAGGACAGACUGAAGUCUUACAAGGCCGAAUUAGAAACGUGGAAGCAAGACUACGAUGCACUCUCCGCCAAAUAUCGAAAACUCGAGGGCCAGAUUAAGACCGAAGCGUCACAGGAGGAAGCGACAGAAACAGAGAACAAGAAGCUCGGAGCAAUAGUCGUGGAGAAGGAAAAUGAAAUUGCCAAGAUGGAGACUAAGCUGAAGAGAAAAGAUAACGAACUAGUCGACAUGACUCAACACGCCGCAAAUAUUGAGGAAGAGGCAUUGGAGGGUAAUAAGAAACUUACAAGGCUACAAAAGUCAGUAUGUGAUAUGGGCCAAGUCAUCGCAUGGUGGAUACAAAUAUCGUUCAAAGGCACAGCCAUCGACCCUAAUGAUCUCAAUCAGGUCAUACAAGAUUGCGCAGAUGAUGAUGAGACCAACGAAGUGCUGCUGCAUGUGAGGCAAUUCGUGAAGAUGAUUGUUGAGAAGAAUGGAAAUCUGGAGCGUCAAUUGGAGGAUAAAAAAUACGAAAUUACCAACAUCAAAAAGGCCAUCGAAGAGCAGUCGUACGAGGAGGUUCCACCGACUCCCGGUCUGAUGCUUCCGACAAACCCGCUGUACAGCAGUGAGAAAAUCGAGGCUCUCUACAAAGAAGAAAGAGCAAAGCGUAUAUUUGCUGAAAAAAAGCUGAAAGCGUUUAUCACAGAAGACAAGCAAUAUUCACGGCUCCAGAAGGCCCAGCAAGACCUUCACUCGCAGCUAGCAGACCUCCAAGGACAAAUCACGCUCCUCACCCAACAAGCCGAAGACUCUCAACACCUAGCUUCGGACUGGAAAUCAGAAGUCGCCCUCAAACAAACCGAACUCGAACUUCGCACGCAAGAAUUCGAAGCAGCCCUCGACGAAAAAGACAAAGAAAUACUCACUUACAUCUCUGCCUACCACGCCUUCACCAGCGACCCGGCGGCCCGCGCCCCGGCCGCCCUGCACGCCAAAAUCUCCGCCUUGGAAAGCGACUACGCCUACAUGCAGAAGCUCUACCACCGCGCCUCCACCUCCGACGACAAAAAACGCGGCACCAUCGCCCGCCUAGAACGCAAACUCAGACUCGCAAUCGCAUACACGACCGACAUGCAACAAGCCGUGUACGCGCGCCGAAAGUUCCCGCCACCCCCUGAUUACGGAAGAAUAGAUGAUGAGGAGUUUGAGUCGGAGUCGGAGCUGGAUGAUGAGGAUGCGGUGGAGAUGGAGAUGGAGCCGCCGAGGUUUACGGCGCGCCCGAGGAAGGUGCCGAGGUAUUUGAUGGAGCCGGCGAUGGGGAAGAGGAGGGUGGAGGUGGAGAGGUAUAAAGAGGAGUUGAGGGUGAAGAGGGAGAAGGAGGUGUUGGGGUUGUUGAAGGAGGAGGAGGAGAAGACGAAGGCGAGGGGGAAGGGGGCGAAGGAGGAGAGGGGAGAGAGUAGGACAAGAUCGAGGAAGGGGAGUGGGUGA